GUGAUGGUUCACAGAAAGAGACGAGAGAGAGGAGAAUUGGCGGCCUCGCAGCCUUGCUCACUUGCCCACCUGCAUGUAGUUCUGAGUGCUAGCUCCAUUUCUUUUGGGGCGCGAAACAGCGGCUGCGAAACCUGGUCAACGAGGCUAGGAACGCAGCGACUUUGAAGCCCGAGGAUGAUAAGUUGUUUCUCACGAAGUGUUUGGAGUGCGAUUUACCAAAAGAAUACAUGCAUGAUAGAGACGAUUGAAGCAAGGGAGAGGUACUGUGCCUAGGUUGGUGGCCGCUAACCCGGCGCCCCAGCCUCCAAAUUCCAGUCCAUGUUUUGUCUUCCACACCCACAACCUUAAUUCUGAAACAGGAUGCCCAACCUUCUAGAUCUACCACAAGAGAUUCGAGAUGAUAUAUGGGUCCGAGCUAUCCACCAAUCACAACCAGUUUGCACGGCGCGGAACUACCGCCGCUGUUCGCGAACUAUCUUACCUCGCGCUAAGAUUACUCUUGUCAACGUCGUCGACUGUGGACCUCUACGCUCAACUUCGUUGAACCUUCUUCUUGUGAACCGACAGAUAUACGACGAGGUCACGAAAAACAUCGACUUCCUCCGGCGUAACAACCGGCUUUGCUAUACCGUUUCCUCUACACACAGAGAGGGAAACCUCGUGCUCUUUUGGGCGAAUCUACCUGUGCUAUCUCAUCACGUCGACGUUUUACAACUGGAAGUACCGGUCUCAAGUACGGAUGGGGAGACGAUCAGUACGAUUCGCGGAUAUGUCAGAGAAGCCCUCGAGACGAUAUGGUAUUCCGGUCUUUCAGCCCCGAAAUCACCGGAAGGCCUCCGUCGCCCAGUGGGCAAGGCCUGCGUCACGGCAGACGUCGUUCUCAUUAAGCUUAUGCAAACUUGGGCGGACGCAGGCUCAGUUGCUGGAAGCGCUCUGAAAGACGAUUCUGCCACAGGAUUCCAAGGACAGGGCACACAGCAUUCAGUAAUUUCCUUAUUUACAUCUCACCUUAUCGAAGCACUUGAAACCGAGGUGUGCGAUUGGCGGCAUAGUUCUACUAAUGUCUUCCGGUAUUUCAAGGUGUUUUUUUGCAGGAUGUAGAAUAAUGGGCAAAGCGUGAUCUGAACAGCGGCAUAGGAUCUUGGUAGACUUUGUUCAGGCGGCAAUGCAAUCCUAUCAGAUGCCAGGGAUGCCUCGUAGUAACCAGUGCACAAGCUUUAAUCCUG